AUAAAGAAAGGUCUCGUGGAAGGGGAAACUCAGCUGCGUUAAACCUUCUGUUUUUGACUUGGCAGGAGAUCUGAGCUGAAAUGACGAGAAUGCUACUGACCUUGCCGGAGAUUGACUUCGGUGUCGGAGAACUGGCGGCGAACUGGUGGGAUGAGAUCAAUGAGUCGGUCAAAUGGCAGGACGGAAUAUUUUUCAGUCUCUGCGGGGCAUACGCUCUCGUUUCUGCAGUUGCCCUCAUUCAACUAAUAAGAAUUGAAGUAAGGGUACCUGAGUAUGGAUGGACUACUCAAAAGGUUUUCCACCUCAUGAACUUUAUUGUGAAUGGAGUGCGUGCUGUGGUGCUUGGAUUUCAUAAACAAGUUUUUCUUUUGCACCCCAAGGCACUAACUUUGAUACUCUUGGAUCUUCCUGGGCUACUGUUUUUCUCAACAUAUACACUUCUUGUUCUUUUUUGGGCAGAGAUAUAUCACCAGGCUAGAAGUUUGCCGACUGAUAAACUGAGGAUUUUCUAUAUUUCUGUCAAUGUUGCAAUAUACUUCAUACAGGUCUGUAUCUGGGUGUACACGUGGAUAGAUGACAGCAGUGCCGUGGAAUUCAUUGGAAAGAUUUUUAUGGCAGUGGUAUCAUUUGUCGCAGCAUUAGGUUUCUUGCUGUAUGGAGGAAGGUUAUUUUUCAUGCUGAGACGCUUUCCCAUCGAGUCCAAAGGGAGGAGAAAGAAACUUCAUGAGGUUGGAUUUGUGACGGCUAUAUGCUUCACUUGUUUUCUUAUAAGAUGCUUUGUGGUUGGGCUAUCUGCUUUCGACGCAGAUGCAUCUCUUGAAGUAUUGGACCAUCCAAUUUUGAAUCUCAUCUAUUACAUGCUGGUCGAGAUUCUUCCUUCAGCACUUGUGUUGUUCAUACUGCGCAAGCUACCUCCCAAAAGAGUAUCAGCUCAAUACCAUCCCAUCCGCUAGCCAUGGAUCGUUUUUGUUGGCAGUGGUAUUGAGUUGGGUUCCCAAGGUUCCAGUUUAGAGAUUAGUGACCUUGAAGCGAUUGAAGUGGAGCCUGGAAUCCAGAUGUCUUAUUUUUCUGGAGUGGCUUGUCCUCAGAAGUUCUUUUUACCUGUAUGUAUAUGGAGCUCAAGCUGAGAGAGAUUCAGUUCUUGUUUUGAUUUUGUGGGUUGGAAAAAGUUCACAAUUUGCCAGCAUUUUAUGGAAGUUAGCACGUGAUGAAAUUAUUCAUCAUUGUAAUGUGGAGAUUUUGUUAGAUUGGAACUUUUUGAGUACUUGGUCGUUUAUAAAUAAUAUCCACCACCUGCAAGGUGAUUAGGUGGGUUGAAGUACAACCCAUUUGUUGUAAAGCUUUACAGUGCUUGGGGCCUCGGGAAAUGGUUACAUCAGCUCAAGUGAAAUUGUAUAGAUUCCUAUCAAUCCCAAGCCUGGGUCACAUCCAGGAUCACUGUAAUUUUGCAUUCCACUAGGGAAUUGUAAGCUAUAAUUUGGCAUGGCCAGAUGGUGUGAUGGCGGUAUGUCCA